AUGGCGGUUGCACUAUCCCCAGCUAUAUCCAAAAUAUUUGAAAAUAUUUUGUUACAAAAAAUAAAUAUACCAGACAAUUUAGAUGAUUAUCAGUUUGGUUUUAAACAGAAGCAUUCUACAACCUUAUGCACAAAUUACUUAAAGAAAGCUAUUUAUUACUACAUAUCUAGAGGUAGUCAUGUGUUUACAUCGUUUAUAGAUUUUAAUAAAGCAUUUGAUAACGUUGAUUACUGGCUUCUGUUCUGUAACCUAUUAGAUCAAGGAAUUCCAAAAAAUAUUGUAAGUCUGCUUGCAUUCUGGUACAGCAACCAGGAAUGUGUAUUAAUUGGCAGAAAGCUAAAUCUCCUGCUUUUAGUAUAG